UUCGCCCGACAACGCGGUAUGCAAAUUGAAACUAAUUUAUUCACCCACCAUGAAAGUGACGAAAUAGCGACUAAAAGCGCAACGUAAGCGAAUCUCGGACCCAUGAUGCAAAUCAAGCGCCUCCUGUGCAAGUCCUGCGGCCUGGGCACGCUGCUGGUGGCCGUCGUCUGGCUGCUGGCGCUCCUCUUUUACUCGCACAUCCUGGGGAGAUCCAUCCAAUCUGCGGGCUGGCGGAUUGACCGAAACGCCACCCCACGGGCGGAACUGAGCUACUCGGCCAGGGUCACGACCAGAUGUACGCCAAUCGCCGCCCAGAACUCCUCGGCGCCCAAGGCUGGCCCGGGGGAGAGUGAGCCCGAGCAACUGGAGCUGUUGGGAGUGGUGCGCAACAAGCAGGACAAGUAUAUCCGGGACAUUGGCUACAAGCACCACGCCUUCAACGCUCUGGUUUCGAAUAACAUUGGGCUCUAUCGGGAGAUUCCCGACACCCGCCACAAGGUGUGCCAAAGAGAGGAGACUUCUGAGACGGAGCAACUGCCGCAGGCCUCGGUGGUCAUGUGCUUUUACAACGAGCACAAAAUGACUCUGAUGCGGUCCAUCAAGACUGUUCUGGAGCGCACGCCCAGCCACCUCUUGAGGGAGAUUAUCCUGGUGGACGAUCACAGCGAUCUUCCAGAGUUGGAGUUCCAUUUGCAUGGAGAUCUGCGUGCCCGCUUGAAGUACGACAACCUGCGAUACAUCAAGAAUGAGCAACGCGAGGGUCUCAUCCGCUCUCGGGUAAUCGGAGCCCGAGAGGCUGUCGGGGAUGUCCUCGUUUUCCUGGACUCGCACAUCGAGGUGAACCAGCAGUGGCUGGAGCCGCUGCUGCGCCUCAUUCAGGCGGAGAAUGCUACGCUGGCCGUCCCAGUCAUCGACCUGAUCAAUGCGGACACCUUUGAGUACACGCCCAGUCCCCUGGUCCGGGGAGGAUUCAACUGGGGUCUGCACUUCCGGUGGGAGAACCUGCCGGAGGGCACCCUUAAGGUACCGGAGGACUUUCGCGGUCCCUUUCGAUCGCCCACCAUGGCCGGUGGUCUGUUUGCGGUGAACAGGAAAUACUUCCAGCACCUCGGCGAGUACGACAUGGCCAUGGACAUCUGGGGUGGCGAGAACAUCGAGAUCUCCUUCCGGGCCUGGCAGUGUGGCGGCGCCAUCAAGAUCGUUCCCUGCUCCCGCGUGGGUCACAUAUUCCGGAAACGCCGUCCGUACACCUCACCCGAUGGGGCCAACACCAUGCUGAAGAACUCGCUUCGCCUCUCGCACGUCUGGAUGGAUCAGUACAAGGAGUACUACAUCAAGCACGAAAAGGUGCCCAAGGACUUUGAUUACGGGGACAUAAGCGACCGUGUAAAUCUGCGAAAGCGUCUGCAAUGCCACGACUUUGCUUGGUACUUGAAAAACGUCUACCCUGAGCUGCAUGUGCCAGGCGAGGAAUCAGCGAAGAAGUCGGCGCCAGCGCCUGUCUUUCAGCCAUGGCACUCGCGGAAGCGCAACUACGUCGACUCCUACCAGAUGCGUCUGGCAGAAACGGAACUCUGCGCCGCCGUGGUGGCACCCAAGGUGAAGGGCUUCUGGAAGAAGGGCAGCUCCCUGCAGCUCCAGCCCUGCCGGAGAACCCCCAACCAGUUGUGGUACGAGACGGAGAAGGCUGAAAUCGUGCUGGACAAGCUGCUCUGCCUGGAGGCCUCGGGCGACGCCCAAGUAACGGUCAACAAGUGCCACGAGAUGCUCGGGGAUCAGCAGUGGAGGCACACCCGCAACUCCAACAGUCCCGUCUACAACAUGGCCAAGGGCACCUGUCUCAGGGCCGCGGCUCCGGCAGUGGGCGCCCUCAUCAGCCUGGAUCUGUGCUCCAAGUCCAGUGGAUCUGGUGGUGCCUGGGACAUUGUGCAGCUCAAGAAGACGGGCGAGGAGAAGGCGGAUAAAUCGAACAAAGCGGACAAGGCUCUGUGACUGGAGGAGGACUGCCCUGCGAGCAUGUUGCAAUAUUAGACUGAUAACUUUUUAGGUGCACAGCGUAUUAUGUUUAAAUAGCCAGUAUUUUUUGCAUGAACUAUAUUAAUAAAGUAACAAAGUGUAAUUUCUG